AAGAUGGCGGCAAAACAUACGUUCUCUUAAAACAGUGAUCAGAUGCUGAUUUACAGAAAAGAAAGUCAACGAACACUAUCUUUGACACUAGAAUUAGCAGAAUGGAUCCUCGAAUACAAGCUAUUUUAGCGAAAUACGAAAAUGAUGAGAAAGGAGAAGCCGAAAAACAUGCCGACAAGCCGGCGACCCCUGAGCCGCCGAAAACGUAUGAGCAAUGGUUGGAAAGAAGACCAGCUGGUUUACAACGAUGGCCCGAUGAUGUGGAUAUUGGAAAGGAGUUUGAAAUAUCAGUUGCUUCCGUCGGAUUAGGGAGUUUAGAAGAAAUAAUGGAAGAUUUGGGGCGUCAUGCUCCGUUGGACAUUGGCUUGAUUGAUGAGGUAAGCAAUGAAAUAGAAGAAUUGGAAAAGAAGCUUACUGUUUAUGCAAGUCAGGUUUUGACAGACAAGGAGAGACCACAGAGUAAAGCUGAGACAAUGAGCCCAGCAAUGAUGAAAGCUUUACAAACAAGUGCAGAUAUUCCUGCGGAAGUGAUAAACAAAAAGGAAAAAGCUGUAUCUUUGUAUGGCCUUGCAGAUGAACAAGCUAACAGAAUGAAAAGUGUUCAGUUCACAUCUUACCCUGGAUUUUUUCCUCAUGAAGUAACACCAUUACCAGGCCAACUGGAAGCACCUCAGCUAUUGAACAGGGUUACAAAGGCUCAACAAUUCCCUUCAAUUCUCAGGAAGAGAUGGAAGAAACUGUUUUUGUCAGAAGGAUCUGUGAUUUUGUUGCAGGAUACUUUCUGGUGGUUCUUUCUGGAAAAAUUUCAGCCUGAUUCCAAGGACGCUCAAGAUGGCUUGUUUAACCGAAUUGCUGACAGUUUUGUUGCUUUGUUCUUCGGUGUUAGUCCUGAUUUUAAGGACAGGUUCUUUCAGUAUUUUCCGGACUGCCUGGCACAAGCUGUGUACGCUGCAUACUGUGAGGUUUUCCCAAGAUCUUAUCAGUUGUUUGACGAUGACUUCAAAAGUUUUCUUCUGAACACCAUCUCAGAAUGGGUGACAGGUACCAGGCCGCCACCCUUCUCGUGGAAGAAAUGGAACCUAAAACUUUUGGAGCCAAGCAAUAUUCGAGAACUGCAAGAUGAUAGGACUCAGUCACUCAAAGCUAACAUGUCGUUUGAUCUGGACUCAUACUUGGAUGAUUUGGACACUGUCCCCACCAGUAAGGAGAAAGCUGGGACAUACACUGCUCCGUACUCCCCCUCCAGAAUGGGACUGACAAUCAUUCCAACGUUCGAUAAUGCAGAAUCACAUGAAGUCGGCCCAGGUCCCGAGUUUGAGCGCGUCGGUUUUAAUCUUCUGGGCAGGAGUCCUUUGGUGUCACAUUUCCUGCGGAUGAAAGAACUGAUGGGAAAAGAAGAGCAACCAAUUCAGGCUGUAGGACGCACUGAAAUCGCCAAAUUACCAGCUCCGGCGCCAAGCUACAAACAAGUUAUACGAGAUUGUAAAAAGACAACAAAAACGUUAAAUAAUCAUUAUCAAAGAGUCCUUGAAACAUCUGAGCAAGAGAGCUUGAAAAUCCAGAAACAGAAGCGAGCUGCGCUGGCCAAGCUUGAACGCUUAAAAAAUGAUCUUGUUUUGAAAAACCAAGACAUUAAGAUGAUCAGCGAUCGACUUCUCGACUUGAUGACGCAGCCGGAUCAUGCUACAUCCGGGUUUCCCAAAAAUGCUUUAGAGCAGUCAUCCGACGAUGACACGUGACAACCCACUUACUGUAUAUGUGUGUCAUGAGACAAUAUGUUUGCAGUGUAAUUUAAAACCAUAAGUUCGCUUCGAGAAGUGUAAAUAUUCUCCCACUGAUAAGCAUCAAUAUUUUGUGGUUAGAGUUGUUAGUUGUAAUCCGUUUAAGGAUUUGAAUUACGCUUUUACACGUUUGCAUCUUUUUGUAACCCGCCUGUUGAAGAUAUGUACAGCGUUCCAUUUAAAUGAUGUAAUUUUUGAAACCUUGUUUAUACACUGAAGAUGUUGAAAUAAUUGUUUUAAAAAGACCAUUUUGAAUGCACUAUAUUUUUUAUCAUGAUGCGCAAGGCUGAAAAGGAAAUAAAGAAAAUUUGUUGAGAAA